CUACCCUACCCUACCCCCAAACCCUAACCUAACCUCUACCCUACCCCUACCCCACCCCCUGCCCAGCCCUACCCCCCGCCCUACCCCCACCUCCCUCACCCUGCCCACCGCCCU